AAAUUGUAGUACACAAUUCAGUGCCUGACUGUAGGAAGCCAACCACAAAACCCCAAAAAGUAGCUACACUAAGACAACCAAGGUAGAGUACCCACCACUUCACCUUCCAAACAACUCCUAAGCAACCCAUCUAAGCCCUCUUUGCCUUGUAGACUCCAUGUAGCUUUCAAUCUCCAACUACGAUAUAGACUGACUUCCAUUAGCUCUACAUUAAGCUUUUCCUCCUCUUUCUUUCGGGCUUCAGCUGGUGCUAUACUUAUCUAGUUGAAGUGCAAUGGAACAGGCACAGUAUUUGAUGUGGGGGAAGAGGAAGCACAGUUUUAAUCCUCAUAUUCCGGCAACGCCGAUGAACCCUUUAUACAAUGAUUCUUGGGAAGAACAAGCUUUUGCAGAAGAUGCAGCUGGACCUCUUGGUGGGUGUAUAUGGCCUCCACGCUCUUAUUCUUGCAGUUUUUGCAGAAGGGAAUUCCGGUCAGCUCAAGCUUUAGGGGGUCACAUGAAUGUUCACAGGAGGGAUAGAGCUAGAUUAAAGCAAUCUCCAAGUUCCUGCAAUGAAACUCAACAUCCUAACCAUCAAAAUCUUCACAACCCCAUCCAGAAUUCCUUUACAUCUUUGGGGUUUCAGCACCCAUCUCAGGUUUGUACCUUGGUUUAUAACACUAACCCUAAUUCUUCCGAUCCUGGUAUUAUGGUAUCAUCAGCCUCACCUUCUAGGGUUUCAGCUUCAUCAACUCAAAAAAAUUGUAGUGCAAAAAGCUUUAUCAAUCCUCAUUCUUCUCCUAUUGUCCAAGAACACCAAAAGAGGUCUCCCAUUUCUUCCUCUCCAUCUUGGUCAAAUUUGGUUGCUGACAAAUAUUAUUGUGUAUCCGAUCUGAAAACUGAAGAAGAGAAAAAUUCAAGAUUUGUAGAUUCAAGGCAUAGGGCUAAGGGAGAUUAUGUCACAACUGAUUUAUCUGUGAGCUUGAAUUUGGUUGUCCGUCGAACUCAUCCAACUGUGUCGAGUGGUAAGGAUGAGACCGCUGAUAAUUGCAAGAGAAGGAGAACUGAGCCAUCCUCGUUACCUUUCUUCCUAAAGCCAAGAUCAGUUGAUAGACAACAUGUGCAAUCAAAGGUACUUGAAGUCAGCCCUAACUCCAUAGAGGACUUGGAUCUUGAACUCAGGCUUGGCGACCGGCCGCUGGUAAAGUAGAAUUGUUGAAACUGAGUGCUAAGAUGAUGAUAAAAUUUCUGUUGUUUAAUUUCCCGCUUUGUCUUUUUUCUUUUUUCGCUUUGAUCUAAAGGUCAAGGCAUCUUUGCUUGGUCGAUCAACUGGCUAUCUAUGAGAUCUUAUGAAUUUGCAGGGUGUAACAAUAACAAGAUGUAUAUCAGAUAAAGCAUUAAAACUUCACCAAAAGAAGUAUGAUAAUGAUACAUAUCAGCUUGUACCUUUUUUGCUUUUU